GUAGUGGUUGGUGGUACUAGCAGAACAACCAUAUACGAGCGUGGAAGCAGAACAACCAUAUACGCAUUACGCAUAAGCUUCGCUCUUCUUCUCCAAAAUCAUAAUCGCUCGCUACUAACUUGAGAAAACAAGAGAUAAUGUCACGCAUUGCUUUAACUGCAUCUGCUACCUCCACACUCGUCGCUCUUAACCGCGCUGCCACACGCCAAUGGACCAAUCUAUUCCCAAGAUUCAGGGCAACAACCACUUCCCCUUCCAAGAUAUUCGCCAAUUCUCCCUCCAACCCUUUCCGCUUACGAUGCUCCUCUUCUGCUGCCAACGCUGGUGGCGUUGCCGACACUGUUUCCGAAUCCGAACAAUCCCCCGCCAAUUUCGUGUGGUCUGAUUCCAAGAGACCUAGGGUUUGCAUAUUAGGCGGUGGAUUUGGUGGUUUGUAUACUGCUCUCAGGCUUGAAUCGCUUGAAUGGCCUGACGAUAAAACACCUCAGAUAGUUCUUGUCGACCAGUCUGAACGUUUUGUUUUUAAGCCAUUGUUGUAUGAGCUUCUAUCCGGAGAAGUGGACGAAUGGGAAAUAGCUCCUCGCUUCUCAGAUUUGCUGGUAAACACCAGUGUAGUGUUCUUAAAAGACAGAGUGAAAUGUUUGCAUCCCUCCGACAAUUGGAGAACGAAUGAAUCCAAAGCAUCUAGUUGUGGAGGAACUGUUCAUCUUGAAAGUGGGCUUCUUAUUGAGUAUGAUUGGCUGGUUCUCUCAUUGGGAGCUGAAACUAAACUGGAUGUUGUACCAGGAGCAGCAGAAUAUGCCUUUCCAUUCUCAACACUGGAGGAUGCUCGUAAAGUUAACAAUAAAUUGACAACAUUAGAGAGAAAGACCUUUGGUAAGGACUUUCAAAUUAGUGUGGCUGUUGUUGGUUGUGGUUAUUCUGGAGUUGAAUUAGCUGCGACAAUAGCAGAACGGUUACAGAAUAAAGGAAUUGUGAGGGCAAUUAAUGUAGACACAAUUAUCUGUCCAAAUGCCCCACCUGGCAAUCGGGAAGCUGCACUGAAAGUUCUUUCCUCCCGGAGCGUUGAACUUUUGUUGGGUUAUUUUGUCCGCGGUAUUCGGAGGGUGAGUGAAUUGGAGUCUAAAGAUCCUCCAACAGGGCUAGAUGAAAGUAGCAUUGAAGCAGCAAAUGGUUUUGAGAGAUAUAUAUUGGAGCUGCAGCCUGCUGAAAGAGGAAUGGAAAGUAAAAUCAUUGAAGCCGAUCUGGUCCUUUGGACUGUUGGAUCUAAGCCUCCUCUUGAUCAGCUUGAGCCUUCAGAUGCACCAUAUGUACUUCCACUUAAUGCCCGGGGUCAAGCGGAAACAGAUGAAACUCUUCGUGUAAAGGGUCAUCCACGGAUAUUUGCUCUUGGGGACUCUUCUGCAUUAAGGGAUUCAAAGGGAAGGAUCCUUCCAGCCACUGCACAGGUUGCAUUUCAGCAAGCGGACUUUACUGGUUGGAAUCUGUGGGCUGCAAUCAACGGCCGCCCGCUUCUGCCAUUUAGGUUUCAGAAUUUAGGUGAGAUGAUGACGCUGGGAAGAAAUGAUGCUGCCAUCUCUCCAAGUUUUGUUGAGGGGCUAACCUUAGAAGGACCUGUUGGCCAUACUGCGAGGAAGAUAGCAUAUUUAAUGAGGCUACCAACAGAUCAACAUAGGCUAAAAGUGGGCAUAAGCUUUCUUACAAAAUCAGCUAUUGAUUCAGUGUCAUUGCUACAAAGUACCUUAACAAAGGUUUUAUCGAGCUCGUAGCUUACUCAUUCAAUUGGUGUUUAUACUUUAUAGCAUGACUGAGCUUUUGUGUAUAUUUCUUUAAAUUGUAACAGCUGAUACUACCUACUGGGAUAAGUCUUUGUUGUUGUUGUUGUCGACGUUGUCGUCUUUAAAUUGUAACACUUCAACACUUUACACUUCUGUCUGUAAGUAAGAUGGGUAUUAAUUUUAUUCACCAAUACAAAGAUAAACCACACCGAUUGUGGAAACUAAGAAUUGGAA